UGUCACUCGCUCUCCGACUGCGGUUUUGAGGUUUUGGGAUUUUGGAAGAAGUAAAAGUUUUGUUACAAAAAAAGCUAGAGAGGUUGGGAUUUGGGAAUUUUUUUUUUGAAAGUGAUUUUCGCGACGAGUUUCAUCAUUGCUUCUCUCUUUUUGGAGCUCUUAACUUUCCUUUUUUUUUUUUUUGCCUCUGAUUUUCUGUUAUUUCGCCAGUUUUUUUCACUGUCCAAUGCGCCGCCUACACGUGGUGCUUCUUCCCCGAGUUGUUCGUGUUUGCUGUUACCGUUACUGACCGCCGUUUCGUUCUGCAUUUACUGUACCAGACUGUGGUCUGCACCAAUGUGAAUCGAGUCAAAAGUGUUCAGCUGAAGAGGAUCUGUAGUGAUUAAGACCUAUCCAGUCUAUGGAAUGCCAUUUAGAGCUUAGAAGGAAUUCAAGAGAUUAAUCCUUUGGAACUUCUGUAAAGACCAUGCUGCCCCAAGCAAGCCAGAUGGCAAGUAUGCAAGGCAUGUUUAAACCUGAAAAGCCUAAUUUGUCAUAUGCUGAUCUUCAUCAAGAAAUUACGAAAGUUGGAAAAGAGGUCUCACCCAAAUCUUCAUGGAAGCAUAAAAAACUACAUGCUGAUGAUACCAAGGCAAACGAAGAAGAGGAGCUUGUGAAGUAUAUGUCAAAUUUACCAAGUUAUCUGGAGAGAGGGGCAAACCCCCAAGAAAAAGUUUUAAAUGUUGGGGUCCUUGAGUGGGGGCGUCUUGAAAAAUGGCAGUGUAACCAUAAACAGAUCUUACAUAGAAGUAGUAUCUCUUCACUAUCCAGCAGCAACACAUCUUCCUUGUUUUCAACAGAUGAAUCAUCUGCACAUUCGAGCAGAGGUCACAGUUGCUCUCCUGCUCGUCAAAGGUUACAACGUCCUUCACUGCAAUCUCAUAUGAUGUCAGUCCCCAUAGAAGGCCAUUUGCCAUUUGUCAAGCCUUUUAGGGAAAGUGUUGGCAAGUUUCAAGAUCUCAAGGCUGCCCGGAGCAACGCUGUCACUGCUCAGGGGAAAUUCAUGAGAGAGGAUAAAUCUUUUUGCAAAAAUAAUUCACAAAUCAAGCUGGAACAGUGCAAGAGAAGAGAAAUGCACCCAAAGAUUGAUUCAGGAAGUGCAGCUGUGUCAAAUGGGGUAAAAGAUAAUGUGACAUCAUGUGACAAGGUGAGAAUGAAGAACCAAGUUGGUGAAUUUAUGAAGAAAGCUGACAAGUUUCAAGAAGUUAUUCCUAAAGGGGCUAACCAAGAUGUCACUGAAAAAAGAAACACAGUUGUCCUCCUUCUGCCAAGAGAUUUGCCCAAAACAAAUCAUUCAGGAGCAGCCAACCUUUCUGAUUUAAGAACAAAGUCAAGUAAAAAGGAAGCUGAAGCUAGUCAGAGGACCUUCCCUGAAACAUCGGAAGAGGUUCACCAUGCAGAGCUCAGCUCCAAUUUCCAUCAUUCAGGCCCAUUGCCUUGUGAACUUGAUGGCAGCAAACAUUUACGGAUUAAAGCCAUGGGUUCUGUAGAUGCAAAUGGUAAUGACUUUACAUCAGAAAGAUCUUGCUCUGUACCUCGUGUGGCAAAUAUAGAAAUUAAUUCUUCCAGAAGCAGAAAUCUAGAGGAGAGAAGGCUAAAUGCAACACCUGUAAUGUCUGCUGCAAAUGAGGCUUGCAAAGAAUCAGACCCAAAAGUAAGUAAGGUUGCAUCUGAAAAAGCACGAAGUUCUUCACCUUUCCGUCGUUUUAGCUUUAGCAUGGGUAAGACAGGCAAAAGUUCCGGCUCCAAAGAGGGUUCUUCUAUACCUCAGGUGACCUCAACAUUGAGUUCUGCCAAAACUGAUUCAGAGAACCCCGUUGCUUGUGGUGUUGAUACUUCUUGUGGUGAUAAACUCAAUGCUAAAGGCAGAGCCAGGUCCAGCCCUUUGAGAAGACUGUUAGACCCACUUCUGAAACCAAAGGCUGUUAACUGUCGCAAUUUUACCAACCAAUUACAGGACUCAAUCUUAACAGAAGGUGCCUGUAAAUCAUCAGAACGGCUAAGACAUUCAACUGUGACCGUGCAGUCAGCAAAAAUGAAAUCAGAUUCAAUUGACCAUUGCACAAUCAAUGUAAAUGAAUCAGCACAGAACAAAAAGUAUGGAUCUUCUGCUGUUCAAGCUCUUUUCAGAGUUCAAGUUAAGAAUGGGUUGCCGCUGUUCACGUUCGCCGUUGAUAAUGAGAGUAAUAUUCUUGCAGCUACGGUGAAGAUGUUAAGUGCCUCAGGAAAGGGUGAUUAUGGAUGCAUUUACACAUUCUUUGACAUUCAAGAAGUCAGGAAAAAGAAUGGAAGGUGGAUAAAUCAAGUAGGGAAAGGCAAAGGUCAGGAUUAUGUCCCUAAUGUUGUUGCCCAGAUGAAGGUUUCUGGUUCUGAAUUUUCUCAUUUGUCCAGGCCAAACCAUGUGGCUCAAUUUAGCAUUAGAGAAUUUGUUCUUCUUACCUUGGAUGUACGACAGGCAAAUUCUCAAGCAUCUGAUUUCCAGCCAAAUGAUGAGCAGGCAGCUAUUGUUGUCAAGAUCCCAAAAAGGAACAGAAGUUCAUUCAGAGACGGGUAUCUGAUUGAUAAGCGUAAUAACUUGCCUGAGGCUGCAUUGAAAGAGCAUCUGCCUGAGGUAAAACUUGAAUUUGAUGCUUGGAAAAAGGGUCCUUUUAUGGGUGGUCAAGACAUUGGUGCUACAGUCAUACUUCCAAGUGGUGUACAUAGCCUGCCAAAUAAAGGUGAACCUUCAUCACUGAUCCAACGAUGGAAAUCAGGUGGAGCAUGUGACUGUGGUGGUUGGGAUUUGGGUUGCAAACUUAGGAUUCUUUCUAACAAGAGCCAAUUCAGCGAGCAAUCUAGUUCAUUGAAAGGUUCUUCAAUUCCUAAUCAAUUUGAACUUUUCUUUCAGGGAGGAGUAGAAGACAACAUGCAUUUCUUCAGCUUGGCCCCUUUCAAGGAUGGUAUCUAUUCAGUUGAGUUCAAUUCAUCGCUUUCGCUUAUGCAAGCAUUUUCAAUUUGUAUAGCAGUUUUGGAUAGUAGAAAACACAGUGAGCUUUCAGAAUCAAUUGCCUCUUUUGAGGAAAGAACCUUGGGGGAAACCGAAUUAAAUGACAGAACAAGUGCUCUGAAUCCUAUUGAAGGAGAGGCUCCUGCUAGAUAUGCCCAAUAUCCACCCGUUUCCCCAGUUGGAAGGGUCUAAUUUCACACAACAAAUGAUAUUGAUGUAAUCAAGUGAUAAAGACAUAAUUAUAUGGUUUGUUGGAUGGGCAAUGCUCAGUGAUUUAUCUAUCACCAGCAUGGGUCGCCCAAAGGAAAAUAAGGUUAAGAAGUAAUGAACAAGGCUUGUUUGUAAUAGCCAGGGACAGGUUCCCCUCGAGCUUUGGAUCAUUGUAUUUUGAUUUACUUUUCGACAACAGAAGCAAUACUGGCUGUAGAAUGAGCAAAUGUUUUCAUGAAUGUAAGUGUGCAUAUAAUCAAGUGAUUAUGUCUGCUUUUCUCCUAUCCCUGGAACUUCAACAUGCUUGAUGGUUAUGGUGCAUUUAUAGAUGUCCACAAAGACAGGGAAAGUUCUCCAAUUUACAGAACAGUUAUUGGUUAUUGAAUAUGUUGUUUUUAGUUUUUUCAGCGGUUACCCGUUUUACAGGCCAGACAUUCCCAUGCAAUUAAGAAUCUCAUGAGCCAUGUUUGCUAAAAAAUCUGCUUUUUUGUACACGUGUAAGGGAACAAAUGCAGUCAUUGCAGUCAUGAAUUCCUUGAAAGAAAGGAGUUUCUGAACAGCUAACAAAGGAUCUGAUUCAGCAAUCCCUCACCAAUAUACCGUUAUAGAUAGCAAAAUUUUUUGCUUUAGUGAUGGAAUCCUGGCAAAAAUUUCUAGCCUUUGGUUUGUGUUGAAUUUUGCAAUAGUUUGGUUACUGAUAAGGAAAGACAGACACAUGUAGCUUCCCUAUGAUCCUGUUCGAUAAUGAAUCUGUAGAGCUUCAUUAAUAAACUAGCUAUAUUUUGCUGCCAAAGUUUUGAUUUGGUAAGAUAGAUGAUUAUUAUUUGCCAAUCCAGCAUCACCAUCCAUGCUUUUUCGGCUACUCCUAAAUUCUUCAAAUUCAAUACUUCAAGACUUGUCCACAUUAUUGCAACUUCUUUCUUUUCUUUUCCUAUUCUAUUCUACUUUUUUCUUUGUUUAGG